GUUCAGCGGUGUGUCACACGGGGCGCCCGCUCCUCCGCUGCUCGGUUUGUGUUCCGGGUGAUGCUGCUCUUCUCUUCAAAGCAAAGGAAAGUCAGGGGCUCAUGUGUCAACAUCCAGGGUUUCCCCGGGGAGGUGUAGCGUUAACGUUAUUCUGAAAAAAACCCUGAUGUUCUUUUGAAGAUCGUGUUAUCUGUUUCAGCCUGCUCAAACUCGGAGCUUUCACUGACUGCAGAGACCAGAAGACGAUCUUCGGCUCGGGCUGCUUUGACGUUAGCUAACGUUGUUUUAAAGGAUGACAGAGUACAAAGUGCGAACAGCGUCUCCAAUCAUUUAAUCAUAUCUGGGGACCUGUUAGCUUAGCAGGCUAGCUUGGUAUUUCGAUUAGACCAAGGGAACACGGCGAAACACACUGCUGACAUGAUGUUUCCUCAAUCAAGGCACUCGGCAUCCUCUCAGUCCAGUCAACCUCUCAAGUUCACCACUUCUGACUCCUGCGACCGCAUCAAGGAUGAGUUCCAGUUCCUCCAAGCACAGUACCACAGUUUGAAGUUGGAGUGCGACAAACUGGCUUCUGAAAAGUCAGAGAUGCAACGUCACUAUAUCAUGUACUAUGAAAUGUCCUACGGGCUGAACAUUGAAAUGCACAAACAGGCUGAAAUAGUGAAGAGACUGAACGGGAUCUGUGCUCAGGUGCUGCCUUACCUGUCACAAGAGCAUCAACAGCAGGUUAUGGGCGCCAUAGAGAGAGCCAAGCAGGUCACGCCCCCUGAGAUGAACUCCAUCAUACGGCAACAACUUCAGGUGCAACACCUGUCCCAGCUGCAGGGUCUGGCCCUGCCUGUGACCCCGCUGCCCCUGGGCCUAACCCCUCCCUCCCUGCCCGCCGUUUCCUCCAGCUCCGGCCUGCUCUCCCUCUCCUCCAUCCUGGCCAACUACUCGCACGGCCAGGCUCAGGUGGCAAAGGAGGACAAGGCCCGGGAAGCCGCAGAGAGAGCACCACGAGGAGAGGACGGGGACAAGUCAGACUAGAGCUGACAUGAGAAGAAGGUUAAGAGGGGGAAUGAUGUGAGGGGGGCAGGAAAAGAAAGGUAAAACUGUAAACAGAGAUUGAUGUUAGUCUGGCUGCCUGUCUGUUGAGUGUUGACGUUUAGAAGAGUAACUGCAGGGAUGAUGACAAGAUGUGCAGAGGAAGAAAACUGCUGAAUGGCUGAGGGUGAGCGUUAAAUGUUCUUAUUUUUUAGUGGUAAUAGACUCAGUUCAGGCUUCUAGACUUUAAAUAGAUGCUUUUUUUUUUAGUGUAAGCCACUGUCGUAAGGCUUAACCAAGAUAAAUGUUUUCCCAUUCGGAGUAAGGGCGGAGAAUGAAAGCUAACAGCAGUGUACAUGCAUCUGCCUCACACAGGUUUUUUAUAAUCAGAGCUGUUUUCAGUUUUUUUUUUGUCCUUUUUUAGUUCAUCUGAUUGUUUCGUUUCUUACUAUCCCCUCUCUGCCAGUCACAGUGAGCAGUUUCCCAUAAUUCCUUCUCCUCCUACAAAACCCUCAUCACCUUUUUCCACACUGAUAAAUGUUGACUGCAGCUGAUUGGAUAGCUAAUAUCAACAUUUAUUUUCUUGGAGCCAAAUUAGAUCCUAGUCUGGUGUUAAUUUAGAUGUUUUUUAAAGGGACAUUUCACUCAUCAAGUGCAUUCAAACACCUCAAACAUGAACCACAAUUAUGUUUCUCCAUACAAACAACCACUGGAUGUGUUAGGUUCAGCUGCGUACCUCAAUCUCAGAUAAGUGGGAUUACAUGAAAUCUUCUAGUUUAUGAAUGGUAGUAUACCCGUCUUUGAGGGUGAAUUUGUGUUUCAUAGGCCGAGCUGCUGCUGCGCGCUACAUGGCAUGGACCAUGACUCUUAUUUAAACGACUAAAAUUCAAACUCGGAAACUUUAUUUUGACAUGAUGUUUUUGUGAAGUGAAGAGACUAAUUAGACAUUCAAAACGUGUCGGUGUGUUUGGGUGAAUGGAAUUGGAAAGAAGAAAAUUUGAUUGAUUUAACUUUAUUUUUUUUCUUAAAGCACUUUUUGUAUUUUCCCCGCCCCUCAUGCUCCGGCCCCUCCUGCGUACUCAUCGACUCUUGAUCUGACCAAAACAAACUUGAACAUGAUCUAAAUCCAGAACCGGGCGAUCUAAACAUGUUUGAGUGCUGUAUUUUUCUGCAAGUCAGCACACUUGUGUUCAUGCUGAGACUGUAUGAAGAACCUGUCUUUUUCCGUCUUGUUUGACCUGAGUGUGAUCGUCAGGGGAAGAUUUUCAUCCCCCUGUAUUAGCGUUUCCCAUUGUUUAAUGAAGAAUGUGUCAGAGGUGAGUUGCUAAAGCUCUUCAAGCAUUGUGAGAAACCCCCCCCCCCCUUUCAAAUUUUCAAAUUAAAGCUGUGUCCCAAUUCCAUGCAACAUGACCAAGUACAUGUAAAAGGCUUGAUCUUAUGGUUUCUUAUAUUCCUUUAUUUUGUAUAAUUUCGCCUUAUCCAGAUUCGUAGUAAUGUUUUAAUGACAAUUUUGUGAAUAAUUUAUGUAAGAACAUGUCAUUCCAUCUGAUUUGAGUUUACUGAAGAUCUAGGAGCAAUCACCCCAAAAAAAUGCCGAUGAAGAUUGAGGGUUCACACACAUCCAGUGACCAAGAGACUUGAUAAAGACUGCAGGUUUUUUCACUCUUUACUCAAGAAAUUGUGACUGUUUUUUUUUUUUUUAAAGCACACUGUUUGGAAGCCCUCUAUCCCCCUCAAUACUAUGAUAUGAAAAACAAAGAAAAAAAAAUCAAAAAUCAUUGAUUUGUUUGUGAUUAUUUUGAUGAUAAAGUUGAUGAUAACAAUAAAGCUGUCUAUCAAUUUAAAGCUCCUCUGAGGAACUUUCUAGUUGUGUUGACUUUGGCGCCCCCUGUGGACAAAGCAGAACAACUUGUCUCUUUGCUAUUUUUCUACGUACACGUGUAAUUUUCUGACAAAAAAAAAAGUCUUUAUUUUCCAUUUCUAAUGUGCAUCUCAAACUGAGUCUUUGACUGAACAUUUUUCAAAGUUGUUUUCAUCCUGCUUGAUCACCUCAUCUGACACCUAACCUGCGGCAGGACUGAGAAGCAUAUAAAAUAACUCUACAGGAGCAAAGAUCUACCUGAUGGUCUUGUCUGCUUCUGUUGGCCACACAGAGACAUCAGUAUGAAUUUCAGUCUGUUUCAUAACCAGCUAGAAACUCCUCACAGGAGCUUUAAACGGCAGUGUGUCUUUAAAGUUGCUCUUUGAAUGAUCUACAAUUGUGUGAGCUUUUUCAUCAUUUCUUCUUUGUGUGUAACUAAGUCUGAUGAUUCUUUAAGUCUAAAUACAAAGGUUAGUAUUUCACUCAUUAUGCACUCAGUCUGGAGUCUGGAGUUGGGACACAGCCAAGAUGUUUAGAUCAGAAGUUCAUGUUUCAGGCAGCAGAGGGCAGCAUUGAUCUCUUAAUCCAUCAGCAUGAAGUUCCAUUCACAAGACUGAUGUGUACUCAAUGUUCGAGAGGGCCAAGGUUAUUCUGCUCUGCUCCUGCUGAGCCCCUGUACUCUGCAGCUCUCAGCUGUUCUCCCUCUGUAAUGCGAGUGCUGUGCAGAGCUUUGACAACCCACCUUUUAAUGUCUGAGCAUGUCCAAAAUCUGAGCGCCAACCUUUUUUCCCCCUCUGUUUUUUGACUUGAAAAGCACUUCAGUCAUCGCUCUGUGCUCUUCUUUUUCUAUUUCUGUCUGUGCUAGGUUUUUUUUUAUAGGUAGCUGAAGAUUUUCCACCCUUGAGAUUUGACCUUAAUGUAUGGAGUGUGAGAACUCUUCAUGCUGACGUCAGUCUCUGUAGAAAACCUCCUUAGGCAAAUCUCAGACAUAUGAAUGGUAUGUGUGUUUGUUUUUGCUGUGAAGGGCCAAUUUGUAUACAUAUGAAUAUAUCAAUAUACAUAUUUUUUAAAGCAUUUUUGUAUGUUUCAAAGCUGCUUUUUAACGUGUGUGUAUCAUGGAAGAUUAAGUGUUGUAUGUGUGCUUUACAAGCCUACAGUUAAAGAGAGGCACAAUGUUGUAUACCAUGUCCUUUUUCCUGUUUUUCUCCCAUUUUCCCCGUAGGCAGUAACACUUAACAUUGUUUUCUUGGUUUGUAAAUGUUUCCUUUUUUUGUGCAAAACAAAAACCAGUUUAAUGUGUGAAAGAACACAGUCUCAUUUUAAGAUACCUGGGGCAAAAAAAACAACAACAAAGAUGUAAACAAGCAACUGUGUACUCUAAUGAGAAUGAAUCAACCUUUUAGCAGUAAGGAAGCUUCUCUGGUGCCUUACAAAUAAAAGACGUGAUUGAGAGUGGUAA